AUGCUGCCCUGUCUUCAGAAGAUCGUGGUCAACGUGAAGAUGGACCUGGAGGGAACAGCGGAACACUAUCCACCCCUCGCGGAGCCCAAGAAUGUGCGCUCCAUGACAGUCUUCCUGAGAGGUCGCUACAAGUACCCUCAGACGGAUCGUUUUAUAGAGACAUGGGACUUCACGCGUAAAUUCACCCUGGCUGGGGAGUUGUGUGAAGAGGACUACAAGUUUUACGAACAGUAUCGGAAGUUCGGUAUGCCCACAGUACAAACCAUCAGCAUGGUUGCCAAAGUACGUGAAAACUUACGCUGGAGUUUUCGCCAAGUUUACCCUAAUCUCAAAAGGCUUGUUAUCACCGACAUUCGGGACGCAACUGUGCCAGUAGUGGAUGACGAUGAGAGGGCUUGGUUGUCCAACGUGCAAAUAGAGUUCUCCGGUAAGCGUAAGUUCCCGCUGCCAGGAGCAGUGGAGACCUGCGCGAAAUGUGGUGAGGUGGAGGGGGAGCGAUUUAAGUGGAAUGUUGGACUGGGGGGAGACGGCAGCCAGGCCGCCUAUGAAGAUCAGUCGCUGGUUCUACUCUCCUGCACUACCAUGGCCAUCGCCAAUCGGCGAAUCGACCCGGUGGACGUGAGCCUAGUCUACUUACAAGGACGUCCCGCAGUCCUGGACAGGGAGAACAGUUCGGGUAAAGUUAGUGCCGCCGAGGAGUUGAUUAGCACUCGAUACGCUGAGAUUCGUCACCUCAUCUUCGAGGCCUGUAAAGAGGGCGCCUAUGUGCACGAGAAUGAACUGCUCAGCGAGUUGGCUGCAUUCUGCAAGGAUAAAUUUCUCAAGCUCCUGGCUCUGUGUAAGGUCAGUCUGACGAAGCUGGAGGUCUCGGCCGAAUUCUGCUUCGGCUGCAGCCUCGAUCCAACUGCAGACAGCCAGAUCAGGUCUCUGGAAGGCGCCUUCACGAAGGUCACCGAGCUGAGCAUUGAACCAGACCGGCAUAUGGAGUUUGAGCGUUUCAAGACGCAGCCGGUUUCUUCGGAGAAGUUGGAACCAUUCCUCCGUAUGUUCCCUCAUCUCACCACUCUGAGAUUCUGCGCUGGGAAGUGGGUGCGCUGGUCGAACCUUGAUGUUCUUCUCGCUGCCUGUCCCCGCCUGGAGAAACUCUACGUCGGUACCAACACCGUGGACGUGGAGAUGGCUCUGCAGAAUGCAACUGCAUACCCUGUUCGGACCCUAGUGUUCGACUUCCCGGAGGCUGAGGUGCCCUGCGACUUCAGUGGGCUGAAAAACUGCCAAGAGACAGAAUACCUCCUUCUCCGUACCAACUGUAAGAAGGAAAUUAGUCAGACCGAUGUGAUGCAGUGUUUCAGUCUCCUACCUCGUCUUCGAUGGCUCUUCUGUAUCAUGUGUCGCCAGAAACGAACUCAGGUGGCACAUCGGGCAUCCCCAGGAACGACCGCACCCGAGCUGAGAACCCUUGAAUAUGCUGAACCGAGCAUUUUGGCCACUGUUUACCCCCAACUGGACUCACUAUUCUGGGUCGACCUUACUACUAAGUAG